UUGAGAAAAAGGAAGCAAAACAAAACAGGACACUUCUUCUUCCAUCCCUCAUGUACACAGGUGAUUAGAUUCCUCCUAAUAAGGGGCCUUUGCUUUCUUCUCCAGACCUCAUCCAUAGAAGCAAAUGAAGCAAAGCUUCCAAGGGUUGACUUGGGGUUGCAAGGAGAGGUUGCAGAAGGAGAGAGCCUGGUAGAGAACCAAGUGUGCGCCCAAAGCAUUCAGGCAUGAAUAGAGGGUUGUUUCAGAACUCUCUGGUGCAGCAUAUGGUGGGAGGAAGCUCCAACUGUUGGAGCUUGAACAGCAUGAGGCCACCUCCUGAGCAAACCUUCCCUCUUCUACCCUCCUCUUCUUCCUCUUCAUCUCCUUCAGUCUCCCCUCAGUACCCACAACCCUCCACUACACUUCCAAUGAUCCCUUUUCAUGGUAGCCAAGACCUACCAGAAUCAUGGAGCCAGCUAUUGCUGGCAGAAGAGGAGAAGUAUGGGCUGACACCUCCCCAGAUUGGAAAGAUGAAGAACUGGGAAGAUCGGCUAGUGUACCCAUCAACAACCCCGCCUCAUAUGUCUGAUAUAAAGCAAGAAAUCUCCGGAAAUUGUUACCUCCACAGCGGUGGCAGUGAAGAGAUCCAAGCAUCUACAAGUCCAUGGAGCCGAAUUAUCCCAUCUUCCUCUCCUGGAUCUUGCAACGCGGCGAGUUUCGGCAGGAACAUGCUGGACUUCUCGAACAAGUCCGAGAGAAUGCAUCACCAACCAGAUAACUCACCCGAGUGCAACAGCACAGAAGCUGGUGUAGUUCUCAAGAAAGCUAGGGUUCAGGGAACCUCCUCAGCUCAUUCUACUUUCAAGGUGAGGAAGGAGAAGUUAGGGGACAGAAUAACUGCACUUCACCAGAUUGUUUCUCCUUUCGGGAAGACUGACACUGCGUCUGUAUUGCUAGAAGCCAUCGGCUACAUCAGAUUCCUCCAGAGUCAAAUUGAGGCUCUGAGCUCACCGUACUUGAGCAGUGGAUCAGGGAACAUGAAGCAGCCUGCACAAGGAGAAAGGAGGCGUAUAUUUGCAGAAGAAGCUGGUCAUCUGCUAAAUGGAAAUGGCAGCAAGAAAAGAGGACGACCUGACCAGGAAGGCAAUGUUGAACCGAAGAAGGACCUGAGGAGUAGAGGACUUUGUCUCGUUCCAGUCUCCUUCUUCUUGGAUGUCGAAAGCGAUAACGGGGCAGAUUACUGGGUUCCAACUCUCCAUGGAGCCUUCUGAUGGCCACCAUGAGUUCUCGGCAUGCUUGAGGGCUCUGCAGUCGACGUGCAUAUCAUCAUUAGCAAUCACUCUGCAAAACACUGAAGGCUGAUUGCUCAUGAUAGUAUGCAUUAAAGAUGGAGGAAGACCACAGUGUGCUAAGAACCAGGUUGCAUGGUGCAAAUAAGGAGGAGUGCUUCUCCUUUGUUUAACCCUCAAAAACCUUGCUGUAUAUUUUUAGCCAAGUGUCGAUCAUUUGCUACUGCCACAAACGCUUUGGAGAUACACCAAAACAUUAGGGUUUUCAUCAUUUGAUGGCAGGCAUUUCCUUCCUGACCUACUCAGAAGGUGACUGAUGUGUGUGCCAUCCCGGUGGUAAAGUUCAGACUCCAUGUACAUGCAUUUCAGUGAGGAAAUUUGAUGCUCCUUGAUCCA